GUUAUCCGUCAAUCGAUGUCAACAAAAUUGCAUAAUUUUGUUUGGAAAAACAGUGAAGCUAUUAUUUUUGAGUGUCAUUUUCAAAUUUUUAAACAUGUUUUUGAAUUUGAUGUUUCCACAGCUAAAUUGUUAAAGUGAAACUCAGAAGCUAAUAAGAUUGUGGUAUUUUAAUGAUUUUUCUUAGAAUGUAGCCAAAGAACACCAUGGAUCGUAACAUAAUCGAAUGUGCUGGAUUUUAUUUUAUACAUAGUUUUGAUUCGGGAAAUCUAGGACAUGUCGAACGAGUGCCUACCGAGUUUAUGACUCCAACUAUAAAUACCAAAACAAACACACCAGAGACCCCUGACUACGAAUUCAAUUUGUGGACUCGCCCAGACUGUGCAGGCACUGAAUUUGAAAAUGGGAACCGUACCUGGUUUUAUUUUGGUAUACAAGCCAGUGAACCUAAUGUUCAGGUACGGCUAAAUCUUAUAAACCUUAAUAAACAAGGCAAAAUGUACAAUCAAGGAAUGGCACCUGUGACUCGUACUCUGCCUGGAAAGCCACAAUGGGAACGAAUAAAAGAUCGUCCAGUUCAUUCUACGGAUGACAAUACAUUUACACUCAGCUUUAGAUACCGCACAGCAGAAAACCCAAAGGCGACGACAUUCUUUGCAUUCACAUAUCCAUACUCUUUUGCAGAACUACAAAUAGCUUUAAAUUCUAUCGACUUAAAAAUGUUGCCAUUGCCACCUCCACAGUCUCCAGACGACAUAUAUUAUUGUAGAGAAUGCUUGAUAUAUUCCUUGGAAGGUAGGCGAGUAGACCUUUUAACGAUAUCCUCACAUCACGGAAUUACAUCAGAAAGAGAAGACAGGUUGAAGAAUUUAUUCCCAGAAAACCAAGAUAGACCUUUCAAGUUUCAAAAUAAAAAGGUCGUUUUUGUAUCUGCUCGAGUACAUCCAGGAGAGACGCCCUCAAGUUUUGUGUUCAACGGUUUUCUUAAUUUACUUCUCACAAGAAAUGAUCCAGUAGCAAUACAGCUGAGGAAACUAUAUGUGUUCAAACUGAUACCCUUUCUGAACCCCGACGGUGUGGCCCGGGGACACUAUCGUACCGACACUAGGGGGGUUAAUUUAAACAGGGUGUAUCUCAAUCCAUCGUUGAUUUACCAUCCCACUGUAUACGCAUCGAGAUCACUUAUAAGAUAUUACCACUUUGGAUAUGAAAAAGAAGAUGAUAUAUGUGAAGAAAGCAAAAGUUUCACGUCGCGAAGUGUUCCAAAUAUCAGUGAAAGCUCAGAGUUAAUCGAAACAAAAAAGAAGAAGAUGGUGAACUCGCCAUCAUACAAAGGUGAUACCUUAAAACGUGAUAAAAGCAAGACAUCGAACAAGUCCAGCAUGUUCAAACAGGUCUCAGACGGGGGGAAGGAAUUGAGUGGGGACACUGGAAAUCUAGUUGGACAGGUGUACGACAUGAAACUUCAAGAGAUGCCCUCUCAAGCCAGCGCGACGUCCCCCUGUUCCAACACAUCUAACACAAACCUUGAUAGUUCUUCAUUACUCAACGAGGCGGUGCUCCAGUCGUGUCUGGGCUCCGACGUCCGCCUCGCCCCUAGCGACCAGCUCGAUGUGUAUGGAACAAAUCCUCUGAAGCCUUUGAGGGAAACGCUGAAAAAUAGCAUAAGCUUGCUGAUGGAGUCCAAUUCGUCUGUUAACGAAAGAGAAAUAGAAGAAAGAGAGGAUAAGAAAAAUGUCCAUAAUGUUGUGUUGCAAUUAGGACAAUUGCGAUUCGAGGUUAUUGUCACGGUCAAUGAACUGGGAUAUCACGUUCCGCUGCGACGCGCGGCCGCGCGCGCGGCGUGGUGCGGCGAGUGCCGGCGCGCCGCCGCGCGCCUCGAGCGCAGCGAGCCCGGCCUGGCGCGCCGCCUGCCCGGCUACGGCGCCGCGGUACGUGCGCCUCGCCGCUGCCUCGUCGCUGCCUCGCCACUGCUUCCUCACCGCUCCACGCUCACCGCUCCACCCUCGCCGCCCCACCCUCACCGCUCCACACUCACCGCUCCACGCUCACCGCUCCACCCUCGCUGCCCCACCCUCGCCGCUCCACACUCACCGCUCCACGCUCACCGCUCCACCCUCGCCGCCCCACCCUCACCGCUCCACACUCACCGCUCCACGCUCACCGCUCCACCCUCGCUGCCCCACCCUCACCGCUCCACGCUCACCGCUCCACCCUCGCUGCCCCACCCUCGCCGCUCCACACUCACCGCUCCACCCUCGCCGCUCCACACUCACCGCUCCACGCUCACCGCUCCACCCUCGCCGCCCCACCCUCACCGCUCCACACUCACCGCUCCACGCUCACCGCUCCACCCUCGCUGCCCCACCCUCACCGCUCCACACUCACCGCUCCACGCUCACCGCUCCACCCUCGCUGCCCCACCCUCGCCGCUCCACACUCACCGCUCCACGCUCACCGCUCCACCCUCGCCGCCCCACCCUCACCGCUCCACACUCACCGCUCCACGCUCACCGCUCCACCCUCGCUGCCCCACCCUCACCGCUCCACGCUCACCGCUCCACCCUCGCUGCCCCACCCUCGCCGCUCCACACUCACCGCUCCACCCUCGCCGCUCCACACUCACCGCUCCACGCUCACCGCUCCACCCUCGCCGCCCCACCCUCGCCGCUCCACACUCACCGCUCCACCCUCGCCGCCCCACCCUCGCCGCUCCACACUCACCGCUCCACGCUCAAGCUCCACCCUCGAUGCCUCACUCUCGCCGCUCCACGCUCAAGCUCCACCCUCGCCGCGCCUCGCCGCUGCACUCUUCCUUUUCCGAGCUUUCCACUCCACGCUCACCGCCAGACACCAUCGAAGACCACACUACCAUGAGUCCGGAUUCGCCCACGUACCACACCAUAGACGAAUACAGAGAACACCAAAGACAACAGAUAGACGACCAUGAGCGAAAACUCCACGACGCCGAAUGCGUGGACAGUAGUGAGAGCAUCUAUUUCUGUACAAAUUGUUUUAAGAGAUACAUUAUAUCGGAAGGAAAUGAAGAAAUAAAUCUCCCGGAGAAUGCGGCGCAAGCUAAUACGGGUGACCACUACUCGCCUGGCCACUCGCCCGCGCGCUCUCCUGCCCACUCGCCCGACCACUCACCCGCCGGUAGUACGGGGGAUACUUUAUUGCCGCCCAUCCAAGCCGCCUCGCCCAAGGAAGAUAAACUUAAAUCGAUUCCCAAGAUUGUACGAAGGAAACCGGCACCGCCCGUUCCCCCCGUGCCGCCCACCGUCAAUACGCCCGCCCGCCCUUACAAGGACCCCGACUCGGGCCUUUUUCUCUACAUAGACCUGCAUGGACAUGCCUCGAAGAAAGGUAUCUUCAUGUACGGCAACCACUUCGAGGACCUGGAGAGCUGCGUGGAGUGCAUGCUGCUGCCGCGCAUCAUGUCGCUCAACAACCUGCACUUCCACUUCUCGUCCUGCAACUUCACCGAGAGAAACAUGUACCUCAAGGACCGGCGCGACGGGAUGUCGCGCGAGGGCUCGGGGCGCGUGGCCGUGCUGAAGGCCACGGGGCUGGUGCGCUCCUACACGCUGGAGUGCAACUACAACACCGGCCGCCUCGUCAACGCGCUGCCGCCCGCCCCGGACCAGCCCGCGCCGCGCCCGCCGCCCAAGUACACGCCGGCCAUCUUCCGGGAGUUGUGUUUGCGCCAGGUGGGCCGGUCGCUGGGCGCGUCCAUCCUGGACCUGACGGGGCAGCACCCCCACUCGCGCAUCCCCAGCUCCGAGCACCGCAACCUCGCCGCCGUGCGCGACUGGCUGCGGGCGCACACGCGCGCCGCGCGCCCGCAGUUGACAUCGUCGCGACUGCGGCCCAAAACUUCUUCGCCCACACGGAUGCCGCUGUUCGCGCGCUCCAAGGCGAAGGUGACAGACGAGCGGAAAGAAAACGCCUUCGUGGCCGCCAAGUCGGACGCGGAGCGCAAGCGCAGCCCGCCCGUACUGGCGCCGCGCUCCGGCCACGAGCUCGCCAACAACACGAAGUUCGCGAAAAAGAACGAGCCCGUCAAGAGCUCGUCGCGCACGCGAUACCUCGCCGACAGCGAGCCUCGGCCCAAGACGCUGGCCAGCAAGCGGCGCAACGUGCUCGCCAUUCGCAAGCCGGGUAAGACGCAGGGGCGCGUGGUGAAGGCGAAGGCGAGCCGGCGCGAGGACGGCCCCGCCCCGCGCCCCGCCCCGCGCGCCUUCCCGCGCCUGCGCGCGCGCCGCCGCGCCGCCUCAGAUGACGACGAGCCGCGGCACCGCGCGCCCGACCCCGACCGCCUCAAGAAGAUCCGCCUCAAAGCCGCCUAG